AUGGCGCAGAAAGCCACCAAAACCCUCGCGGCCAGCAACACGGCCCGCCUCAACCAAACCCUCUACCUAACCCUCGCAAUCCACCUGCUAUGGUGGUUCCUCCGCGCGCUCAUCUACCGCUCGUCGCUCUCCCGGAAAUCAAUCACCCUCUACCUGCUCUUCUCCGCGCCCCAGCUGCUAAUCCAGUUCUACUUUGAGCGCCUGAGCCGCCCGACGCUCAACGAGGAUGGCGCCGUGAAGCGCGCGGGCGAGGACCUGGAGGCCAAGGGUCUGACUGAGUACAUGUGGGAUGUCGUUUACUGGAGCUACGGUUGCAUUACGCUGGCAGCUCUUGUUGGCGACUACGCUUGGUGGCUGUGGGCGGUUAUUCCGGCGUACUCGGGGUAUGCGGCGUAUACGACUUAUACAGGUAUGAGGGGAGGGUAUCAGGAUGCGGCCGGUGUGCCUCAGCCCGGCGCGGCGACGAGCAAGCGGCAGGCCAAACUUGAAAAGCGAGGAGGGGCGCAGAAGAUGCAGUAUCGAUGA